AUGGUAAAAAUUACUUCAUUUUGGGCACUUGGUUUAACAUUGGUUGCAGGUCUUGUUUCUGCUCAAACAUCCAAUGUGGCUACUGACGUUGAAGUUACUGCUCAAUUCCCAGAUAACCCCUUUGGCUUGAUUGUUAAUGGUCAACGUAAUAAGGUUAUUUUGGACGUUGUCAAUAAAGAAAAGACACCCUAUACUGUAUUUGCUGUUAGUGGACAUAUAACAAAGGCAGAUGAUUAUUCUAAGAUUAUUAGAAAUUUGACUGCAACUCGUUAUGGUAAAGUUAUUGAAGCAGGUUCAACUCUUCAAAUUCCUUAUAACUUUUAUUCGGAAUAUGUUCCUGGAGAACAUGGUUUAACUGUUUUCGUUGAUUUAUUGAAUGAACAAACUGUCAGCCGUAUUGUUGGUUUCAACGGCACAAUUACUGUGACUGAUCCUGAAGGUUCUUGGUUUGAUAUUCAACUUAUUGUUCUUUAUGGUGUUCUUCUUGCAGGUGCUGCCGGUGUUGCAUAUAUUAUUCGUGAAGCUUUCUUUGCUGAUUCAAAGAAAUCUAAAAAGAGAACAAAGAAGGUUGAAGAAACAAUUGAACGACCUACUCAUCGUGAUGAAAAGGGUGAAAUGGUUUUGGAUCAAUCUUGGAUUCCCGAACAUAAUCUUAACUUGAAUAGUCCCAAAAAAUCUUCUCCAAAGAUGAAGAAGAGAACUACCACUUCUCGCAAGUAA